AUGAUGCUGGUAAGCUCUAAUUAGCAACCUCAAAUUUUGCUUUUGCGUGAAGGCACAGACACUUCUCAAGGCCGCGGCCAAAUUUUAUCAAACAUAGGAGCCUGCACUGCCAUUGUGGAGUGUGUCAAGUCAACUUUAGGUCCUCGAGGUAUGGACAAGCUGAUUCAUGUAGGAGAUAAAGCGACAAUCACAAAUGAUGGAGCAACAAUCAUUAACCUUCUUGAUAUUGUGCAUCCAGCUGCCAAGUCUCUCGCAGAUAUCGCGACCGCACAAGAUAAUGAAAUUGGUGACGGCACAACAUCUGUCGUUGUUCUGGCUGGCGAGUUUCUUAAAGAAGCAAGAGAACUUCUUGAAGAUGGGAUGCAUCCACGAGUAAUCAUCAGAGGCUUCAGAGAAGCUUCUCAAAAAGCUAUCGGGAAAAUCAGAGAUAUCGAACACAAAGUCAAUUCCGCAGAUACAAAAGAAUUCAGAGAGCUGCUGAUAAACUGCGCCAAAACUGCGUUGAACUCCAAGCUCGUCAGCUCUUAUAAAGAAUUCUUCGCUGAAAUGGUUGUCGAUGCUAUAUUAAAGCUGGAUGCAGAUUUAGAUAAAAGCAUGAUUGGGAUUAAGCACGUAAAAGGUGGAAGUGUGACUAAUUCCUUUUUAGUUGAUGGAGUCGCCUUUAAGAAGACUUUUUCAUAUGCAGGAUUUGAGCAGCAGCCUAAAAAGUUCGAAAAUCCGAAAAUCAUUAUGCUGAACUUGGAGCUGGAGCUGAAGAGCGAAAAAGAAAAUGCAGAAAUCAGAAUUGAGAACCCUGAACAAUAUCAAAGCAUUGUGGAUGCUGAAUGGGAGAUUAUUUAUCAAAAAUUAGAUAAAAUCGUCCAGUCUGGCGCUCAAGUUGUACUGUCUAAGCUGCCAAUUGGAGAUUUAGCUACACAAUAUUUUGCUGAUAGACAGCUGUUCUGUGCAGGAAGAGUUCCUAUUGAAGAUUUGCAAAGAAUUUCAAAGGCCUCUGGCGGGCAGAUUUUGACUACAGUUACCAAUAUCCCAGCCGAAGCUUUAGGUUCUUGUGCCAAUUUUGAAGAAGUCCAGCUAGGAGGCGAAAGAUAUAACAUUUUCAGAGGGUGUCCAAGCUCUCACUCCGCAACCAUUGUUCUUAGAGGAGGAUCUGAACAAUAUAUUGAAGAAGCUGAAAGAUCAUUAAACGACUCUAUUAUGAUUGUUAAAAGAUCUAUAAAAAACUCAAACGUCGUUGCUGGAGGAGGAGCUAUUGAAAUGGAAUUAAGCAGAUUUUUAAGAGAUUACAGUAGAUCUAUUAGUGGCAAACAGCAGCUUGUCAUUAAUUUAUACGCAAAAGCUUUGGAAGUGAUACCAAGGACUCUUGCAGAAAAUGCAGGUUUUGAUGCUAUAGAAGUUUUGAAUAAGCUUAGGCAAAAACAUUCUGUAGGUGGCUUAGAAGGCAGGUGGUUUGGAGUUGACAUCAAAAAUGGAGGGAUCUGCAAUACUUUUGAUAAUUUUAUUUGGGAGCCAUCUCUCGUAAAAAUUAAUGCAAUUUCUGCAGCAACUGAGGCAGCGUGUUUAGUUUUGAGUGUUGAUGAAACUGUCAAGGCACCUAAAAAUGAGCAAGAAGUGACUGCAGCCGAAAAAGCAUUAGCAGCAAGAGGCAGAGGCAGAGGAAGAAGAUUCUAA